GGUCCCCACCUGUCAUCUUCGAGCCGGGCUCUGAUCCGACCCCAAGAACUAUUAGACGACCUGCCUCUGUCAACAUGGUUGUGUUUUCCUACCACUCUGAGGGCAGCGCCACCAAAAGGACUGAGGGGGUGCACACCACUGCCUCCCACAGUUUGUGGACGCCUUAAUGGAGGUGGGAGAGGGCGAACCGGACGGCGGUUUCCGCCUUGCUCCUCUUCCCGGGUUCCACCGCCUCGUAGGGUUCCCCAACCGCUCAUUACGCCCCGGUCCCGCCCCCGCCCCGCGCUCGCGGCUUAGCUUCCGGGGCAGCAACCGGCCCGAGGCCCCGCCCCACGAGUCCGCCUCUCCCGGGCCGCCCGCCUGCCCGGCCCGGUGGGUCGGCGCGGGGCCGCCUCUACCGGCCACAGGCCGUGACUCCGCGACCUUGGCCCUGAGGCUCUAGCAGGGACCCACGGGCGGCGUCGGCGGCGGCGCGGACUUUGCCCAGCGCGUGGGACGGAGCGGACUGAGUCCGCGGGCGGGCCACAGAGAUGUUGGCAUUCGCUGCCAGGACCGUGGUGAAGCCCCUGGGCCUCCUCAAGCCCUCCUCCUUGAUGAAGGUUUCUAGUCGCUUUAAGGCACAUCAGGACUCGCUCCCCCGGCUGCCCGUGCCCCCACUCCAGCAGACCCUGGACCAUUAUCUCAAGGCGCUGCAGCCCAUCGUGAGCGAGGAGGAAUGGGCCCAAACCAAGCAGCUGGUGGAAGAGUUCCAGACAGCAGGCGGCGUGGGGGAGCGCCUGCAGAAGGGGCUGGAGCGCAGGGCCAGGAAGAUGGAGAACUGGCUGUCCGACUGGUGGCUCAAAACAGCCUACCUCCAGUACCGCCAGCCCUUGGUCAUCUACUCCAGCCCUGGUGUGAUGCUGCCAAAGCAGGACUUUGUGGAUCGGCAGGGCCAGCUCCGGUUCGCUGCCAAAUUAAUCGAGGGCGUGUUGGAUUUCAAGGCCAUGAUUGACAACGAGACCCUGCCCGUGGAGUACCUGGGGGGCAAGCCACUGUGCAUGAACCAGUACUAUCAGAUCCUGUCGUCCUGCCGUGUGCCGGGCCCCAAGCAGGAUUUGGUCACCAAGUUCAGCAGGACCAAGAAGCCACCUAUGCACAUCACCGUGGUGCACAACUACCAAUUUUUUGAGUUGGAUGUGUACCACAGCGAUGGGACACCCCUGACCUCAGAUCAGAUCUUCAUGCAGCUGGAGAAGGUCUGGAACUCAUCACUGCAAACCAACAAGGAGCCUGUGGGCAUCCUCACCUCCAACCACCGUAACUCCUGGGCCAAGGCCUACAGCACCCUCAUCAAAGACAAGGUGAACCGGGAGUCAGUGCACUCCAUCCAGAGGAGCAUUUUCACUGUGUGCCUGGACGCACCCAUGCCUCGGGUCUCAGAAGACACAUACCGCAGCCAAGUGGCGGGCCAGAUGCUGCAUGGGGGCGGCAGCAAGCUCAACAGCGGCAACCGCUGGUUCGACAAGACACUGCAGUUCAUCGUGGCCGAAGAUGGCGCCUGUGGGCUCAUCUACGAGCAUGCGGCAGCCGAGGGACCCCCCAUCGUCUCCCUCUUGGACCACGUCAUCGAGUUCACGAAGAGGCCAGAACUCGUGCGGUCUCCCAUGGUUCCCCUGCCCAUGCCCAAGAAGCUGCGGUUCAACAUCACGCCUGAGAUCAAGAGCGACAUUGAGAAGGCCAAGCAGAACCUCAGCAUCAUGAUCCAGGACCUGGACAUCACGGUAAUGGUGUUCCACCACUUUGGAAAGGACUUCCCCAAAUCGGAGAAGCUGAGCCCAGAUGCCUUCAUCCAGAUGGCACUGCAGCUGGCCUACUACAGGAUCUACGGGCAGGCUUGUGCCACCUACGAAAGUGCCUCUCUGCGCAUGUUCCACCUGGGCCGGACCGACACCAUCCGCUCAGCCUCCAUGGACUCACUGACCUUCGUCAAGGCCAUGGAUGAUCCCAAUGUGACGGAGCACGAAAAGGUGGAGCUGCUGCGGAAGGCCGUGCAGGCCCACCGAGCCUACACCGACCGGGCCAUCCGUGGGGAGGCCUUUGACCGGCACCUGCUGGGCCUGAAGCUGCAGGCCAUCGAAGACCUAGUGAGUAUGCCCGACAUCUUCAUGGACACCUCCUACGCCAUCGCCAUGCACUUCAACCUCUCCACCAGCCAGAGGAUGGAGCAGACUCAGGGAGCACAUGCCACAUGCCCAAAGCCCCAGAGAGCAAGGAGUGGAGCCCCGACCCCAUGGGGAGUGGGUGUCGCCGGGGCCUGGCCACUCCCAGCCUGGCCAGCAGGGUGGGAUCUCAGUGGGGAAGGGAUUUGUGGGUCCCCUUCAGGGACCUUGAGCAGGACCUGAAGAGAAUCCCAUCAUGACAGCACAGAGGCCUUGCUCUGCAGCUGGGGAGCGGCUGGCCCCCGGUGUCCCCAGGCUGGAUCUCAGGAAGCAGGGCCCACAGCAGGAGCUGAGUGCUUGCUGUGUGAGCCUCACUAGGGGGGUAGCUGCCCCAACCCAGCUGGGGCCAGUCAGGGAGGGGAGGCAGUGAUGCAGGCCAAGGACACGGCAGGGACACACGUCCACGACUCCAGAAACUCAGGUUUUAAGAACUGCUUGGGGCUGACGACAAGGCAGGAUUUUCCCCCAGAAUGUUGUCCUUCAGAAGCGAGGUCAUCCCUUUGCAUUUGGGUUGUUACAAGUUUCAUAACGUGGAGCCUCACUCAGUUCUGUAGAGCAGCAAAGUACUGCUUGAGGAAGACACAUUUACGUAAACAGCCCUAAUCAGUACUCUGGUGGAACUUCCGGGGGAGGGGGGAGCCAAAGAACCAUGAAGAUGUAGUCAUUAUCCCUGGGGGUGUGACCUAUGACACAGGUCUCUGGACACACGAGGGGAGCUAAGUGUUGGGGAGAUCACAUACGCCUACAGGAUCAACUUUUGAAAUCCAGCCAUCUGAAUGCUGUGCCAGUGUGUUUGGAGUAAAAUUUCCAAGUACAGCACCAUGCAUGAAAUACAGAAAGUCCUGCCGUAUCCCAAAUCGCUUGUCUAGUGGACCCGGGAGAAUUAGGUCAGCAGACUGAGGCUGCCCAGAAACAGCCAGACCCUGCCCUGAUGCCACUGAUGCAGAUGAUGAACUUUUUUUUUUUUUCCAAAAUGAAUGAAAAAGAACUGUCAUAAGUUUAUAUAUUUUGUGUAAUACAUCAUUUGAAAUUUGAGAAUGUAAUAUAUAUAUAAUUAAUAAAAUCAUAAAGAAUA